AUGGGAAGUAGUCAAUCAACCAGUCGAGCGGCCAAGUUCAGCGGCUCAGGCUCGGCUCGCCGAAGUAUGCGCUCGCCACGAACCGCGCCGUCGACUGAGCCAACGCAGCGUCGGGCAACGUCAUUCCGGAACACGAAUCGAAAUGUGAAGGAAUUUUCGAAAUUCUGGUCAGACGCGGCUCAGGUCAAACCGAAAUCAUCGUCGCGUGCGUCGACGAAACGCGCCGGCUCGGUACGUCGCAAUCGAACCCAAUCCGUCGAUGUUCGGAGACCGAGCAAGGCGCUGAAUGUGCCGGCGAACUCGACGACCAACACGCCAACGACUUGUCACGAACGUCGAGAAGUCGUGGAAGUAUCGCCGCAGAGAGUUCACAAUCCGCUCGAUCCGAAAUCUAUUCCAGCGAGUUCAAUCAUGCCGCAAUCGCCGCAGCGCGACUCAAACGAAUGUCGCUGA